AUGGCGGAUCAACAAAGUCUGCAAGGGUGCAAGAAAGACGAAUUAAAAACGUGGCUUAAAGCUCGUGGACUUAAAGUUUCAGGAAGAAAACAAGACUUGAUCACUCGUGUAACAAAAGCCGAACAAGACGGCACUGAAUUACUUGUGAACAGGGAAAUGAGAGAGAAAAAUGAGCGAGAGAAAAGAAUGAUCGACAAGCUUAAAACUCC